AUGCAACAGGUACAUGUAAGUUACGAAAGUUUUGUAGCAAACCUAAGAAUUACAUAAGAACAUAGGAAGAGCCUCAUGGAUCAGGCCAAUGGUCCAUCUAGUCUGGCAUCCUAUUCUCACAGUGGCCAACCUGAUGCCUGUGAGAAACGGGAAAGCAGGAUUUGAGCACAGGGCCACAGAUACUAAGAAGCACAAAGCUUUACUUUCAAUGAAGAUGGUGAUGCUGCACUUGGUGGAUUUCUGCCUGACAGGCUGUUUUUAAAGGUAUGGAACCGCUGUUCAUAAAAGAGCAACCUCAGAUUCAGCUUUGGCAUUCAAAAGCAUGUUUAUCGCACGGAAAACUUUCUGUUACAGGGUAGUUUAAUAAAUAUAAUAAUAAAUAGUGACUAAUAAUGUAAACUCUACUUGUUUUAAUUGCAAUGUUUUUAUAACCUGCCCUGGGACCCUUUGGUAAAGGAUAAGCUAGAAGUAUAAAUUAAAUUUAAAAACACGUAUUAUCUCUAUCACUAACUUAUGUGAAGGACAAGUUCUCAAUAUUGGAUUUGCUAAACAUUUGCUAAACCCAUUCCAUACAGGGAUUGUAAUGUUUUAUAUUGCCCCAAUUGCAUAGUAAGUCCCUAAUAUCACUACUAGUUCCUAAGAAUGUGGGGUGCUAGUAUAAAGAUUCUGCAUACAGUUAGGAUAUUAUACAUAGUGAUUAGCUUUGAAAUGUUAUGUUUUAUUUUUCACACAGGAGCCAGGGUGAACCAAUGGUAGUAUAGUUAAAAGUAAAAUAUUAAACUGUUGACUAGUAUUUAGAGCUUUGGAUAAUUGGAAGUAACAUAUUGAGUAUAGCUCCAUAGACAGUAACUUGAGGUGGGCUGUCCUUCAAGGUGUAUUGAAACCCUAUCAUAACAUAGUGGAAAAUGGCAAAACCAAAAUAUGGCUUGUAUUUUAAUAUAGCAAAAUGUAAUAACAUGAUUUUAAUGCCUGCUAUUUUGCUUCUUACUGAAGAAUUGGAUAUAAUGCUGCCUACUCACAUUCUCUUGUGUCUGUGAAAGGCACAGACUUGUGUAUGUCUUCUUUGAAAGAUAGUGGAAAGACUAGCAAGUGAAUGUGGAAUAAGCUGUAGCUGCAGUUCUACUGUUGGGCAGUAGUGUUAAUAUUGAUUAAAAAUACUGGCUUACAAUAUAUUACCAUGGAAAUUCUGUAGUUUAACUAUGAACAUUAUCACAAAUAGCUGAUUUGUGAUAUCGGACAAGCAGGAUCCGAUUAUGAAUGUCCUAUAAAAUUCAGACAAUGUUUCCUGUGUGUUCACAUCAUACUUAGAGUUCACUUCAUUGUAAAAGCUUGCUGUGGGGUAUUCUUGUAAAAUGAAUGUGUAAAAAGAAUGAAGAAAAUGUAUUUAGAGGAAUAAUGUGUAUUAAAUUUCUAUAAGUCUCUUUCUGAUGAGUGCAUUAAUCUCCUUGGACCUCAGUUUAUUCAUAUAGAAAAUGGGACUAUUUCUUAUAGGUCUAUUGUGCUGCAUUUUUUACCUGCUGGGAUAUGCUAUGGAAUGUAUAUAUAGUUGGCACGUGUGUGUUUCAGAUCUACGGGCCAAUUAAUCACAGUGAAUCUAAGGGAAGUACCUUUAAGAAGUGCUUGCUUUUUUCCUGCCUUAAACAGCAGGGACUAGGUAGGUGUAUGGUGAAGUUUUAGGACCCUUUAUACAGGCUGUGGGGGUGCUUAUUUGGGAAUGGGGAUGACCGUGUACCUAAGGGAACGAAGCUCCUUUUGCCUCUGCUGAGACUUACGCUAUUGCCUAUGAGCUGCUCUCUUCAUACACCGCAGUACAGCACUAGUUUCAGCUUCAGAGCUGUACAUCCCGCCUCAGCCUUCUCCCUCUCAGCCAGUUUUAUAUUUGCGCGCCCUUUCAAUCCCCGGUGACGUGUACCCCGCCGCGUCCAACCGGCAGCCUCCUCUGGUCAGGACAAUGGAAGGCGUUCCUCCAACCAGCGCAGCUCCUGCCUCGGCGGCAGCCAAUAGAAAGAGCCCUGUGUUGAGAGUAAUGUUACCAGCGCUGAGAGAGUGAGGAGGCUGCGUAUCGAUCCAGCUCUCAGCCAUUGCAGUGAAUUGGACUACAUACGAGAUCCAGGCAGCCUCGGUGGCCGGCGCGCGUGUGUUUGUGGCGUGUGUGAACCGAGAUCCUUGUCACGGGGUGAGUAUCCUGCGGGGGGUGGGGGGGUCGCUGCCUGGCUGGGGGGGAGGCCGAAACUCCCGAGCCUCUGUGGGGGUUGGGGGCGGACGGCGUAGUCUUUUUGGGGUGCGAGGGGGGCAGGAUUAGCCCUCACGAGACACACAAAGGGGGGAUUUAGGCUGGGAAACCACACUUCCCUCAGCACCGGGGAGGAGGGGGGGCAGGAAAACACCGAGCUGCUCUUUAAAAGGCGGGGGGGUCGGGGGGGGGGAAAGCCCCAGAUCGACACCAAAGUGGGGAGUUUUGAGAAGUGGUUGAAGGGGACCCACAAAUGCCGGGAAAGCGCCUUUCCUCUCCUGCCCGGAUAACCGCGGCCGGGCUCGUCUCUUUAAACCCGUGGAAAUGGGGCGGGGGUCUGGGCUGAGGCGGGGGGCGGCGGCGGAGGGAAGCGGUCUUGAGUGCUAAUAAGCUGCUUACAUAGCACGGGCGAUAGAGCCAUUGCAGCAGAGCCGUCUCUCUAUGUAAUGUGUGAGAGAGCCGUGUGGGGAGACGGACUUCGCAUCGCGGGGCUGGGCUCGAGUGUGUUUGUGUGAAGGGGUGGGGGGGGGAAAACGGGGGUGUCGUGUCCUCCUUUCUCGGCCUGGCUCUCUCCCCGACCCCCUUUCCCCUCAUUGUGGGGAGCCCCAAGAAUCCCCGGGAGUGUCUCUGGGCGUUGUUGGCCUCGGGGCGAUAAAUCACCUCGGGAGCUGCGCUUGCUGUAACAUGGCUGACGAGAGCCGUGUGUAAGUGGAGGCAGAGGAGGAGGAGGAGGGGGGAGGAAACAAGGCAGGCAGGGGGAGGCGCGCGCGCACGGGCGGGCGGGGGCGCAGUUGAGGGGAACUUUUUCCAAGGCGCCUUUUAUCCCUGGGCGACGGAGAGGGGAGAGCUCCGCAGGCGACCGUUUAAAAGCCCGAGUCCGGGUUCAAAAAAUAAAAUUAUUAAGGGGGGAGGUUUUGGAAAGGGGGGGCCCUCUGGCAGCUCUCAGUGGAAACGAGACGCUCCCCCCCCCGCCGCCUCAUUGCCUGUAAUGGCUGAGUGUGUGCGCCAGAGUACAGAGCGCACCAGGCACACGCACACACACACACAAAGGGAAGGAAGGAGCCAUAUUCUCUAUGAGCAGCGGCCAUUCCGAGAAGCGGCUUCGCUUCCUGCUCGGCUGCCGCGGGAGCCCAUGCAAAAGGAGCGCUUGCCGCUUGCUAUUGCCGCCGCGCGGGCGAGAGGCGACCCCGGGCCCCGCGCGCCCGGCGAGAGCGCGGCCUCCCCGCCUCGGCUGAGCGCCCGCCACGCGCAUUUCGAGGGGACUUUCUCUCAUCAGCAAGGCGUGCGCACAAAAUGGAAGGAGAUCUGCCGCCGCCGCCGCUGCCGGUGGUGACCUUCUUAGGCAGCAGCCUGCGCCAUUUAUGAGCCCUCCCUACUUCCCUCCCUCUCUCUCUCUCUCUCUCUCGCUUUCCCGGCUCGUUCGUGUAGAUUAAGGCGCACCGAGAAGAAUCCCAAAGCUCUACAGCUGCAGCUAUAUUUAUUGUCGGGCGCCGUCCUUGGAGCCUGAGUGAGCACAUCGAAGCUCGUGGCAGCGUAGUUUCUAAGAGGGGAAUGCAAUUUAACGCGACGAGCUCGAAAAAGCUGCGCCUUGAUCAUUUUUAUAUCUGUGGGGUGGGCUUUAGUUUUUUGGGGUUUUUUUUUACCCCUCACCUCGCGAAAAACUUUUCUUUCCCCUUCCACAAAUUAUCCCCUUCAUAAUUAAUACAUGGCUAUGUGAAAGGGGGUAAAUUAAAAUAUUUAUAAAAUUCAAUUUUUAAGGUUGAAGUGAUUUUCCCCCAUUACCCUGUAAUGUAGGAAGGGUUCAGCAGUGGAAGGAGCAUUUUAAAUAACACUUGUGAAUUACAUUUUCAGAGGUACAUUUUAUAUCACGCUUUAAAUCUAUUAAGUCCCUCAAGUUCCUUUUUCUGUUGUUUUAAUUAUUAAGUUAAGCCCUAGCAGCCUCGUGUCUUAAUUCUGAGAGUGCAUUUUCAGACCCAGGCUCCAUUGUAGACACCAGCAGCUCCUGGCUUUUAAGUGUUGUUUACUUGACAGAAACUUUAGACCGGACAUGUUUAGUCAGAGAACACAAAUCUUUUUCUGUCCGCAUGCCAGACUGAUAGGAAAUUAUGCCUUUCUGUGGCAAUGCCAGUUAGAGCUGUGCACAUUUCCAUCGUCAAGUUGUGCAGGCUGGAGUAGAGAGGUACUUUCUUCAACAUGAAGAACUUCAAGAAAAGCCUGGUCUGUACUAGGAAUCGUUACUUCUCAGAAAGAAAGUGUCAGCACAAAUAUGAAAACUGUAGGGCUUAAUCUGAAAAAGUGAGAAUGUGGGAAGAGCCCUUUUGGAUCAGAUCAAAGGCCUAACUUAUACAGCAUACUUUCCCACACAAGCCAGCCCACAAGCGGGACAUCAAGGCAGUAGCCCUCUCCUGCAACUGGUAUUCAGAGGCAUUCUGCGUCUCAUUCUGGAGCCAGCAAGUAGGUUUGAUCCCCAUAUGGGACAGCUGCAUAUUCCUGUGUUGCAGAGGGUUGGACUAGAUGGUCCUCAGUGCCCCUUCCAACUCUACAAUUAUAUGAUUCUAUUACUGUGAGAGAAAUAGCUGUUAUAAUUUGUAGCCCUUGAUAGUCUUCCCUUCAUGAAUUCGUCUAAUUCCAUUUGUCAAGAAUUUGUCACAAUUGGUGGCCAUCAGCACAUCUUGUGGACACAGAUUCCGUAAUUGAGCAAUAUGCUUUGUGAAGAAGUACUUACUUUUUCCCAAAUCUCCCACCAUUUGACUAUUGAAUGACACCAGUUUGUAGUACAGGUGGGAACCAUUUCGCAUGCCCCACCCCCAUUCUGCCCUCUUCUGGGUCCAAAAGGACCCAUUCAUCAGUUGUGUGUCAAUUGGAUAUGCACAAAAUGGUCAUGUCUCCCCUUAGUUGCUUUUUUCCAAAAUAAAAAGCCCUAAAGGUUGUAACCUUUCCCCAUGGAGAUCAGAACCAUACACAGCAUUCCAGUUGUGGUUUUACCAUAGAUUUGCAUAAUGACGUUGCAAUAGUAGCAGUUUUAUUUUCAGUCCUUUUCCUAAUGAUUAUAACAUGCACCAAUGUACAUCAUUUUACAUAUGCUUACACUGAACCACGUUUGCUAUCUCAAAUUCCUCAAUUUUGGAGAGAGUCUUUUUGAGAUCUUCACAGUUCCUUUUUGGUUUUCCACUCUCAAUAAUUUUGUGCUGUUAGUGGUGAUGGCCAAGUUUGCUAGGUCCAGAUAAUUUUUGAACAAAUUUAAAAGUAUCUGGUUCCCGUACAGAUUCUUGAGGGAUCUCUCUCUCUCUCUCUUUUUUUUUUUUUGGCACCUCUCUAUUGUGAGAAAUGUCCAGUUUUUUUGCUUCCUGGUUUGUUAGCCAAUUAUUGAUCCAUAAAGGGACCUCCCUUCUUAUGCCAAGGCUAGGUUUACUCAGGAACCUUUAAUGAGGCAGUUUGUUAAAAGCUUUUUGGCAGCCCAAGUAUAUAGUGCCCACCAAAUCUGUCCACAGUUCUAAAAGUCACAGGGCCAUGGCUGGUUCUCAUAGCAUCUUCUGCAAAACUAAUGCCCUUUUACAAGCACAAGCCACCUCAGAUGAUGAAGCAGCUAUUGUGCAUGAAAGCUCAUCCUAUAAUAAAGCAUACUCUUUAAUUUUUUUGUACUCUUUAUAUUGGUAUUUGUACCCCAGUCUAGUAAGCAUAACCUUAGUGUGUAGUAGUGCUUAAUGUGUGUAGAUCUCCUUUUCAGUACUGGGUCCCAUGUACACAGUGUUAGAAACUGGGAUAGGAAUGCUACGAGCCAUGUGGCUCCUGGGACCUAUGCUGUGGGUGCCAAAACAAAAUGUCUAGGCACCUUUUAAAAAAAAAUUGCUGCCCCGCUAUGAGACCAGGCAGCCCCACAGAAAAAGAAAAAGCUGUCAGGCGAAUCAAGGGAUUUGCAGAAUAGCGUGGGACCAAAAAAACCCCCAAAAAAACGUGCACAGGAACCAAAAGAAAAAAUGGUGUGUCUUUUGCUGCUGGGCAGGGGUAGUGCAGUAGCAAAAGACAUGCUUCUUUUGCUGCUGCUGUUGCAGGCAGACCAACUGACUGCAGCAAGGCAGGUGGAAAUGCUAGGUGCUAAGGGUGGCUCCUGAACAUCUCCAUCCAGUCGCAAAAGGCAGGUUACCAGUCACUAAUUUUGAACACUGCAUGUACGUGAAAGGAUUUUUCAGAGUUUGGAACUCCAGAUCUAGUACAGUGGUACCUUGGGUUACAUACGCUUCAGGUUACAGACUCCGCUAACCCAGAAAUAGUACUUCAGGUUAAGAACUUUGCCUCAGGAUAAGAACAGAAAUCGGGCUCCGGCGGCGCAGCGGCAGCAGGAGGCCCCAUUAGCUAAAGUGGUGCUUCAGGUUAAGAACAGUUUCAGGUUAAGAACGGAUCUCCAGAACGAAUUGAGUACUUACCCUUUGGUACCACUGUACCUGAUGCGCAAGUGGAGUGAUCUCUUCUGUCUUAGGUUAGCCUUGCAGUGCUAGGGAAGACUAGUUAUCAAGUCUCUUAUCAAUGCCAAACAGGUUGUUAUUCUUGUCAAAGCAGACUGUGCCUACCAUUAAGUUUAGGUAGCCGUACAUAUGCCACUGCUGAAUACAAGAAAUUUUUUUAUUGAGGUUAUAGACUAAACAAAUUGUGCUUUGAAAAAUAGCUUAAAAGGGUGAUUCAAAUUGAAAGGAUUCACAAUAUUUAGUGCUUUUCUCUCAGAACAGUAAUUGAAAACAUUUUUGCCUAUAAUUUGGUAUCAGUUUUCUGCAGUUCUAGCAGAACUUCAUAGAAUUUAUAGUUGCUUCUAUGGAAGACUUGCAGUUGGGUAAAGGUAAAUUUCGUGUUUGGGGGAUGUACUAGUAUACCUUUUCUUAUAUCAGGAGUUCGCCUGAUGUUGAGAUGGCGGACUGCAUAAUAAUUAAAAGUCAUCCUAUAGCAACAUGUUCUGCAUUUUAUACAGAUUUGUAACCAGUCGCCUGGUUUGCAAAUCCCUUUAAACUUGAAAGUGAACAAACAGCCAAAGUAACCACGAGUGGUAAGCCAAAAAUAAACCUUGCAAAUCAGUGCUUGUGGUUCAUUUCUCCCUAGCAAAUCAUGAAUGGUAAGUCAAGAGCAAGCAAUGGUUUAAAGUGACAUGCUAUCUGGGACACUGAUGUGCAACUAUUUGGUUGCCUAGAUAGUUGUCCAAGAAUGUAGCUUUAAAGUAUUAAGGGAAAUGGCUCAGACUGGUAGUUUAAGCACUUUUUAAUCGUCUUCUUUUUCUUAGUCUACUGUACAGCAUGGAAGCCCCAAUAGUUCUCAAAUGUUUCUACUUUGUCUUUCAGAAAUCAUCCAAAAUGGGCAAAGGUGAUCCUAAAAAGCCAAGAGGCAAAAUGUCCUCAUAUGCCUACUUUGUGCAAACCUGCCGAGAAGAGCACAAGAAGAAACAUCCAGAGGCUUCAGUGAACUUUUCAGAGUUCUCAAAAAAAUGUUCAGAACGGUGGAAGGUAAGUUGUUAUUAUUGUUUUUUGUUUUAAUAGUAAUACUUUAAAUACCCAAAUAAAUGCAAUUUGCCUGUAGCUAUUUCUUAGGAAUAGAAAACACACUCACUAAUAAAGUUAACAAAUUUAGAAUGGAAUUGGGUAUAAUCUUGAGCUGAGGAUGCAUACUGAAUUAUUUUUAUAGACUAUGUCUGCUAAAGAGAAAGGAAAGUUCGAAGAUAUGGCACGAGCUGACAAAGUUCGUUAUGAAAGAGAAAUGGAAAGUUACAUACCACCUAAAGGAGAGACGAAAAAGAAAUUCAAGGACCCAAAUGCACCAAAGAGGCCUCCGUGAGUAGCUUUUAUGGCUAACAUGCAUUGCGCUGAUAGACAUCCAAAAGAGUGAUAGAUGAAUGGUGGGGAGGCAGAAAUUUCACUUUUUUUAUAAAUAUGGAUAGGUCUGUUCUGUUAUAUCGCUUUGCAGUACAUAGUAAAGGUUCUCACCUUGCUGUACAUAGUUCAGUAGUUCUAACCUUUAUGUUUCAAAUGUUUAUAAUUUAAUUUUCAGCUCAGCAUUUUUCUUGUUCUGCUCUGAGUAUCGUCCAAAAAUCAAAGGAGAACACCCUGGCCUCUCUAUUGGGGAUGUUGCAAAGAAACUCGGAGAGAUGUGGAAUAAUACUUCCGCAAAUGAUAAGCAACCUUUUGAAAAGAAGGCAUCCAAACUGAAGGAGAAGUAUGAAAAGGUAGACUCCAGAUAGCCCCUUUUGCCAUUCAAAUAUUUGUUGUUGUCAUUAAAUAUAUUGGGUGAUGUACAGUGUUGGUCAUAGUAGACCUGUUAAAAUUUGAGUGAACUCGAGUAUGGUUAAAAUUGGAUGUCAAUCAUAGGAAAUUAAUGUUAAAAGGAAUGGAGCCAUACGCAUGCUUGCAUUUUCUCUGGAAUGUUAAAUGGUACCAGCAAUCUCUAUUGAAACUAAGAACAUUGGGUAUUAUAAACAAAAACAUCCAUCUGUGGAAUAUAUUUCCAAGUAACUGUUCUUUGGAGCUAAAAUACUAAAAAGAUCUGAUGAAACUGUUGCUUAAUUUAAAAAGAAAAGAAACUUGUAGGCUAUGUGAACUAAAUGUAAUCACUAAUAACGUGCUUUUAUUUGGAGCAUGUGUAUUAAUUGCUAUAGUUUGGGGGGGGAAGUGUAUCACUCCUAAUAGUGGCUAAUAUUGUAGCCAGUACAUUGCUUUCUUUAUUUUUAAUGGUUGAGGAAUAUUAACAGACAAGUGGUUGGUUUUUUUUACAAAUUCAGCAUAGCUUGUGAACAAAAUAAGAUGGUCAGACUCUCAGGUCACUUUCAUGUACUUACUUUGCCUUGGAAGAGGGAUGACUAUGUACAAGAAAGAUAUCCAGCUUGCAAAACCAAAUGUGAAGGGGACUCACCUGCAAGAUUCUGCAGGUGCUAAUCUAGUAAAAUGUUUAGAAAUAGUGACCAAAGAAAGAUCAGGCUGCUGCUUCUGAAUUUGAAAAGAGUACCCACUGACUGCACAGCCUUUACACUUGAUCGUUUGCAUUUUGUGCUCUGGUGUUCUUUGUAACAGAGCAUAGUAUAAUAAUAUAUUAAGCCACUCAUAAUUGAGAGAAUUAAUUAAGCCAUGGUGUAGAUACUCUUGUCAGUGUGGUACUGAGGAAGAUCUAACUAAUGGCACAAUUCUAUGAGCCAUGGAUGUAGAGCAGCAAGAUGGGUAAAAAAAACAACCUGAUCAUUUAGGACAGUUAGGGAAAUGAGAACAAAAAUUUGUUUGAAACCCUAUACUGUACUUAAUUUUUUUAAUGUAAGCUUGACAUUGAGUUUAUUGAGGCUUGCUGUAUUAAGUGUUAUGUGCAAGUCAAAAAGAGAAACUUAUUGCAUGCUGAAGGUGGCACUGUCUACUCAUUAAUUGAAGUGCAUGAAAUUUAUCAAUAAAGUAUUAGAAUUCUUGACUGAGUGUACUGCUGUACUGAACUGCAGUAGUACAAAUCUUAGACAGUCAUCUGAAUAGGCUCUAUGUUAUGAAUUACAAUUCUGUCAAAUAUAGAUUCCUGUCCAUUUUCAUUUAAGUGGUAUUCCCUUCCCUCUGUGUCAAGUAGCUAAACUUUCUCUGCUUCUCCUAAGGAUGUUGCUGCAUACAGAGCUAAGGGGAAGCCUGAGGUAGCCAAAAAGCUAGCUCCACCUAAGCCUGAGAAAAGCAAGAAAAAGAAGGAAGAGGAAGAUGAUGACGACGACGAGGAUGAUGAUGAAGAGGAUGAAGAUGAGGACGAGGAGGAGGAUGAGGAAGAAGAGGAUGAUGAUGAAUAA